AUGGAGUAUAUUGCAUAUACCGAAGCUAAAUUAUAAUUUCAAGGAACUCGUAAACACUUUUUUCGUGAUAAAUUAUAUUAUGUGAGUGUAUUUGAUGAUUGUUUUAUUAUUGGAAAUGUAAAUCUCGCAUAUUUAUUUAAUUAGACAAGCGAUACAUAAUAACCAAAAUACAAAAUAAGUUUUGAUCUCAAUAUAAAAAUAAAUUGGGACUUGAAAAAGUAGAAAAAUAAUGUAAUUAUUUAAUCCUUUGUUUUUCCAUACAAAAAUUCAUUCAAGACUCUCUAUGCUAAUCAUGAUGAUUUAAUGAAGUAAUUUGAAUAUUGUAUUCUUAUAUUUACCAGAUUUAAAGAAAUUAUUGGUAAAUCAGUGACAUAUGAAGGUAUUGGUGAUCUUUAUCUUCCAAUCUUAUAAAUUGGAAAAGGCAGUUCAGCUAAAGUAAUAUACAAUUAAAUUUAAGGUUUAUAGUGCAUAAAAUGUUUUGAAUUAAGAUAUUUAUGCGAUCAAAGCCAUAGAAAAAUCAUUUUUAAAUUAAACUGAAAAAGUCUCUGGCUUAGUAAUUAUGCUAAAAUUUAUCAAUUAGGCUGCUUAUAAAAUGGAAGUAUAGAUACUUAAAAUCUUAUCUCCUUAUUCUUAAAACUUUCUCACUUUAAAGGAGAUAUAUGAAGGUGAUAAUACAUUCUAUUUGGUUACAGAUUAUCUAGAAGGACCAACACUUAGUGAAGAAAUAGAAAUAGCCAAAGUAAUAUUGAGUUUAUAAAUAGAAUCUUCCAGAUCGUAGAUUACCUAUCUUAACAAUAAAAAUAUUAAUGUACAAAUUAUUAUCAAGUUUAGCUUUACUGCAUGAAAAUAAAGUAUUUAUAAUAAUAUAUAAUAAUAAGAUUAUUCAUAGAGAUCUCAAACCAGACAAUCUGAUGUUUGCCAAAAAAAAUGAUUAUUCUUCUUUAGUUUUAGUAGAUUUUGGAUUGGCUACUUUUGAAACUUUAGAUAAGUAUAUAUAUAUAUUUUAAUGAAUACAUUAGAUUUCUAUUUCCUAAAUGUGGUACUCCAGGAUAUGUUGCUCCAGAAAUUCUUAAUUUAAAUUAUGAAAAUAAAUACACAACAAAAGUUGAUAUUUUUAGUAGUGGUUGUAUUCUUUUUAAAUUAUUAACUGGAAAAAGUAUCUUUGGAGGAAAAUCAUUUGAUGAUGUUCUAAGAGCAAAUAAAAAAUGUUAUAUUGAUUUGGAUCUUCCUAUUGAUCAUGUUUAUUUAACAGAUCUUUCUAUUGUAAUUAAAUCAAUUUAUUAAUAUUUCUAGAAUUUAUUAGAAUAACUAUUAAACAAAAAUGCAAAAUAAAGAAUAAGUGCUAGAUAAGCACUUUGUCAUCAAUUUUUCGAUUAAAUUAAAGAACAAAGUACAUAAGCCUUGUCUACAUUUAUAACAAAUGUAAAAUUUAGUUAAAAUGGGAAUUUGAAUUUAUAAUGUGAAGAAUAAAUGUCUAAAUAUGAUAUAGAAGAGUAUUAGAUAAAUAAUGAAAUAAAGGAAGAUGAGUAGAAUACUAUUACUAUACCUCCAACAAAAAGAUGUUCUUUAAUGAGCGAAGUCAAAUCUCUAUCUAUAUCUCCAAUUAAAUUUUAUUAAAAAGAACCCUUAUCAGAAAUUAAAUGCUUUAAUUUGGCUAGUCAAAAAGUAGAUUCAAAUGAUAUUAUAAGUGAAUGA